UCUCAGAGCGGCCAGCAAGGUUGCUGGUCGUGGCAGCACGACAAACCGGCACGUAGAUGGUCUUUGCUUUUAGUAUAGGAAGCGCAUUUGUACUUCAUUUUUCAGACAGACUGUCGGGAGUUUUUGUGUAAGCUAACGGGGUGCCGAGCUCGUGUGCUCUUUCUUCUCAAUAUUUUUUUGUAGCAACGAAAACUUUUCCCCGUGCCUCGCUCACCUCUCGUUGUAACACACGUAGCGUCUCAGGAGAUCAGCAUGUCACCAUGGAUUAAACAGGUUUGCCUUGUUCUUGCGGCAGUGUUCAUGUUGCCCAGUACGACAGAGUCAAAGAAGGAUGAAGCAUUGUACUGUUCAGCCUGCGUGGCGAUUGCAGAGGAGAUAAACUAUUCAAUCAGCCAAACUGAUCCAAAAAAGACGCUUCAUGUUGGUGGAUUCAGACUUAAACCCGAUGGAAGUCUUACGGACAAAAAGGUUCCUCUGGCUAGGUCUGAGACUUACUUAACUGAACUGCUGGAAGAAGUUUGCAAUAGCAUGAGCGAUUACGCACUCUAUGAGGACCCCGACACCAAAGAAAAGAGCUACAAGAGAUUUGCACCAAGAGAAAAUGAUGAUGGGAUUUUUCCAGAUUUCAAAAAUUUUAAGUUUGAUGGGCCAGAGAGUUCCGGUGCCUUAAAGUUCGCUUGUGAAAGCAUUGUGGAAGAGUUGGAAGAUGAUAUCAUCUCCCUCUUCGCUAGUGAGGCAGAGCAUGUGGCUAAGACGUUGUGCAGUGAAGUAUCAGGUCACUGCAAGAGCUCUGUUUUCCAGCACAGCGAACUUUAGUUCCAGAUUAGCGUCUGCUGAAGAACAGUCUAAAACCCGGGCCAAAAAUGACGACACCAGAGAUUUUGCUAAAGUAUGUUAUUGUUAAGAAUUUUUUUUAGCAACUUCAAAAUGACGAUGAUAAAAAAUUAUGACAUUCAUAAAGCGUAUAACAACCGCUUCCACUGUUGAUUAGUGGACACGAUCUUCCUCUAUUACCUUUUUUAUACCUAUAAAACAUACAUGCUUGUAAUUUAAUUUACAUGCUUAAUUCCUUCAUUCUUUUUAAACAAUUCGGUUUCAUGGCAUUAACUAUGGUGUUACCAAUGUUAUUUAUGAAACGUUUACAUGUGAUAGAAGUAAAAAUAAAAUCUUUCAAAUAUA